AUGUCAGUCUGCCUCGAAAGUAGCCGGCCGAGAGACGGUCUCAAGCUGCCUCUGAACCGCAGUUUCAGCGAGCCCGGACCCCAGACGCCGACGUCCCAUUUGCCCCUGAGUCCCCCGAAGAGGUUCAAGCUGGAGGCCGCCAGCGUCAGCCUGCCGACGAGCCCGUGCGCCGAGAGCGCCCACCUGCAAAGGACCUGGGUGCUCGGCAACGUCAAGCACGUGGACGGCGACGCGCUGAGGUCGAAGAUGGAGGAGAGGAAGCCCGGGCCCAAGUCGUACGUGCUGCUCGACUGCAGGCCCUUCAUGAGCUACAACAUCAACCACAUCGCCGGCGCGAUCAACGUCAAUUGCUCGGACAGGUUCAACAGGCGAAGGUUGCAACAGGGGAAGGCCACGCUGGCCGAUCUGGCCACCACCAGGGAGGGCAAGGAAGUGUUGAAAAAGAGAUCAUUUCGUGAAGUGAUUAUUUAUGAUGAUUCUACUAGUGACAAGGAGAGGAUUACCGUUGGACAUCCGUUACUUCUGGUGCUCACUUCUUUGGUCGACGACGAUAAAGAACCAGCGCUGCUUAUCGGAGGUCACAGGGAAUUCCACAGAAAGCACAAAGAACUGUGCGAAGACACGCUAAUGUCCGGUUUAUCGAAUCGAGGUUUGCCUUCGUCGCCGACAACACUGGCAGAUGUCGACUCGUAUCCCGCAUCCAAGGUCUUACCCUUUUUGUACCUGGGCAACAGCAAAGACGCAGCUGAUCUCUCGUGCCUCAGGGGCCUCGGUACCACCUGCGUUCUGAACGUUACUUCCCAAUUGCCGGGGUACCACGAAGAAUGCGGCAUCACCUACAAGCAAAUACCGGCCACCGAUUCCGGACACCAAAACCUCAAACAGUAUUUCGAAGAAGCUUUCGAGUUCAUUGAAUCAGCUAGAAAAAGCGGCUCAAGAGUGCUAGUUCAUUGCCAAGCAGGAAUCUCUCGAAGUGCAACAAUAGCCAUAGCGUAUAUCAUGAAGUACAUGUCGAUGUCGAUGAUCGAGGCGUACAAGAAGGUGAAAGAGGCCCGGCCGAUCAUCUCCCCGAAUCUGAACUUUAUGGGUCAACUGUUAGAAUUGGAACAGAGCCUGCGAAACGAGACGACCAACAGCACCAGCAGCCUGCAGUGCCGCUGGGCGCAGCAGCAGGCGACCGACGAGGCGCCCGGUUGUAGUGUGUGA